GAUACGCAUUUUAAUUAUUUUCCCCUGUGGUCGCGUUAGAAAGGUAGAAAACUCCAAGCCAGCUACUUUUGAACAGUACCUAUACCUAUAUAGUACUCUCCCCUCUUCCUACUGGCCGGUACAGAAGGAAGAAACAAGGAAGAGGAAGAAGAAGAAUGAGUUCCCUCUCCAGGUUUAUACUGGUAGUUUUGAUCACCAUCAUUUUCAAUGCCGGAAAUCCAGUGAUUGGUCAUGGAGCAUCCGCCAUGGCCGGAACUCCAAUCUGCCAUAGAUGUACAGAUUACAUCAUAGCCGCCUGCAGAGUGACCCUGUAUCCAAGACUCUGCUUCAAGUCCCUGCAAGUUUUCGCUACCAACAUCAACCGCAACCAACAUAGGUUGUCCCACGUCUCCUUUGCCGUGAGCCUGUUCCAUGUGAACAGAACCUUGGGGACGAUCUCAAGCAUGUCGACGACCACCUGGAAUGGAAGAGGACAGGGCGCUUUGAAAGACUGUAUAGAGAUUCUUGCUGACUCUGUUUAUCAGAUCGAGAACUCCAUGAGGGAGUUGAGGAUCAUUAGCAGGGGUGACGUGAUGUUCCAUGUCGGCAACAUCCAGACUUGGAUGAGUGCGGCGCUCACCGACGAAGAUACCUGCGCCGACGGCUUCGAUGGCGUCGAUGGCAGAUUGAAGUUUACUAUUAGGAGGAUGAUGAGGAAGCUCGAGAGGCUGACCAGCAAUUCCUUGGCAAUCUUUAACACCUACGCUACUAACAUCACAAAAAAUCAGGUUCACUAGAUACAGAAGAGUUUGUGCUCUGUUAUUUCUAUAAUUAAAUGGUGUUAUACAAUGUUUAA